AUGCUCGAUAUCACCGUUACUGGAAAUCAUUACGAGUUGGUCAACAGGCUGCAGCACAAGUUGCUGGGUCCAUUGACUUCUUUCUACCGUGUGUUGUUCAAAGCUUUCAAUGAUCUGGAAUGGUUCACUGUCAGGGAGCGAACGCUGGAGUUCGUGCCUCAUCUCAGAGCCAAGUUUCCCCGCUACUACGAAGAAAUGGAGGGAAUUGCAAAGGGUGCCGGAGUAGACAUUCUCGAUGUCGUUGCUCUGAACAUACGAAGUGAGAUCGCUUUUGGGCUUUUUGAGGAGAACUCGAGACGGCCCAUGGCGAUCGCCGCGGUUGAUGCAGCAGUGGACGGAUGCACCACUUUAGGCUGGAAGACCCCGGGCGGACCGACUUUCCUCUCACAGAACUGGGACUGGAAGAACAAGCAGAAGCCCAAUCUCAUUAUUCUGCGUGCCAAGCCACAAGGGGUACCGGACAUGGAUCUGCCUGCUUUCCAAAUGAUCACCGAGGCCGGAAUAAUUGGGAAGAUUGGCUUCAACGAGCAUGGUGUUGGAUGCCUGCUCAACGGCAUCCGUGCCAAAGGCGUCGAUCCGGAACGUAUGCCGAUCCAUUUUGCCCUUCGUACGAUUCUCGAGUCCAAGUCCAAGAGAGAGGCGUUGAAUAAGAUCGAAAGCGUGGGAUUGGCCGGAAGUAGCCAUAUUCUUCUGGGCGACAACACUGGACCAACUGGUCUUGAGUGCACGAGCAUUGGAUUCAAGGAGUUGCCGGCUGAUGUACAAGGUCGUGUUGUGCAUGCGAACAACCUGAUUCUAGAGCACGAAGGUGUGUUUGAGCCACUCUGGCUCGAAGAUUCACCGAAACGUACCGCCCGCAUGCAAGAGCUUGCGACCCCUGAGGUUGGUAAGAAGGCUGGCUUUGACACUUUGCUAGAGUUGUUCAAAGAUGAACAGAACUUUCCGGCAUCCAUAAAUCGGAAACAGUCUGGAAAUAACGACUCCAACACACUGUUCAAUGUGGUGUACAAUCUGACGGAGAGAAAAGGAGUCAUUUCAAUGGGCCGGACGACGGAGAUUGAGGAGCAGAUUGAAAUUGGGUUCUGA